AUGUUGAAGCGAAGAUUCCCGGCACUUGAAAAUUUGGUGGAUCCUUGUAGCACACAGCGGCAGCAGCUGAUAUGGGCGUUUGGAUAUGUUAUUGCAGUGUAUCUGGCGGUGUUGGCAAUCUUUCCGUUAUCCCACAAGGACCAACACAGCAACUCAAUCAUGAUCUUGGUGAAGGCGCCCGUCCUUACGGUAGAGUGUUUGAAUGCCUACCACCUAGUUGUGUCAUGGACGUGCAAGCGAUGGCCUAACAUUGCCGGAAUCCUGCUCAUCCAGCUCAAGGCGAAAGAUUCAAAAGGUUUUCUGGUAGAACAGGAUGGAAAGUCUGCAGUCUCAGCGGUUCGGAUUGUUAUCCCAACAGUUGAUACUGUGGCUUGUAUGUCUUUAUUCCUGUUCGUACUGAACCUGGUGAUUUGUGUGCUGUGGUAUUCUUGGGAAUAUGAUGCAACGGGGACUGUGAACCCGGCUUGGACGAACGUUUUUGGUUAA